CCAUGCUGUACUUGUUCAAGCUGCAUCUCCACCACCUCUUUCAAUCAUGUUUUAUUCAAGCUGUUGGCCGGAUUUUAUCCUGCUUUGCGCAGGUUAUAAGCUUGCUUUCCCGCCCCGUGCUUUCCCCCCGGAGAGGUUUUGCAGUGGCUCUCGAAACAUUCGUGACCGAAGGGUUCAUCUUUACCCACAACAAUAGCAAACUUCUGAACGCGUCAAUGCUCACCUUGCAAUGAGCGCGAGAUUCUGACUGCAAUCUACAAAACAACGAGUCUCCCUCCUACCACCUAUUCUCGCGAAAGAUACCGACGCAAUGCUCGACUCCGAUUUCUCGACAGACGUGCCAAUGUGGUUUCCAUUGGACUCGUUAGACAACCAGGCUUUCGCUCUGGACCCGGAGCUUGGCGGAGAAGACUUGUACGGGAAUCAGCUGGGUGUCAAUGAAUUCGACCUUUCGUCUGCCCAUCUGUUGAGCCCCGAGCUUUGCGCCGACUAUGAGUCGGCAAUGGCACAAGCUGCUUCGGGCCAAUUUCGGGUACCCCAUGUAUCAGGGAUGCCAGACACGCCAGCUUCCUCAGGAUUCGUGGAUAAACUCACGUCGAUGUAAGUCUGCCACAGCAAUUUAGAUUCUCCUUCACCAGAAGUCCCUCCUAGGGGGUCGGGCUUGCAGGAAGCCGGGAAUCUCUCUGCAGAUGGGCUGACUAGAACCCCUCACACUACUAGAUUUGAAGAAUCCACUUUCAACACUACCCCCG